AUGGACGAGACAUCGAAGUGCUCCCUGCCCUCAAUCUCCAACCUGCUUGGUCUGGCCGAUGGAGGGUCGCCGACUACCGAACACUCCCCGGCGUCGCAACAAGCUUCAUCGCACAAGGCCGAUGCCCGCCCGGAUUCCUCGCACUACAAUAAUGUCGCUGCCCGCAGCGGUGCGCUCCCACCGACUCCGCCAAUGUCUUCUGACGCUUCAUUCGAGGGUUACCACUCGCCUUCGACAAAGUCUGUGAGCCAACUAUCGGCAGCAUCAAACUACUUUUACGACGCGGCACCUGCAAUGGCUCAUGUGGAGCCGGAGGCCCAACGCCAGCAAAUGGCUCCCCGCCUCCCGAUCCAGGCGCCCUCGUACGCGCAGUCUGCCUUCGCAGCCUCAUCAUACAUGGGACCACCCGCGAUGGCGUCUUACUACCCGGCUAUGCAGCCCACUCCCCCACCACAGCCUCAGGUCUCUGGGCUCUACUAUCAAAGGCCGCUGCCUCACGCCUUCCCUCCCAUGCCACUCGGCGUUGCGAUGCCCUCGUCUGGCUCGAACCCCUGGCAACACCACCACUACAUCUCGCCGUCUUCAGCAGCCUCCUUUCCCCAGUCCCAGGACCGCUACAUCUGCCAGACCUGCAACAAGGCCUUCUCCAGGCCCAGUUCACUGCGCAUUCACAGCCACUCCCACACCGGCGAGAAGCCCUUCAAGUGCCCUCAUGCUGGUUGCGGCAAGGCCUUCAGUGUUCGCAGCAACAUGAAGAGACAUGAGCGUGGCUGUCACAACUUUGAGACCAGCAGCAACGGAUCGCCUCUGAUGUCAUAG